UCUGCGCAGCCGGUGGAGACUUUGUUUCUCCGAGUUUUUACUUUUUUAGCCCAUCCCUGCCCCUUAGCACCUAACUUUUUUAUUUUCUUUUUUUAAUUAUUAAUUUUUUUCGCCCCCUUGUUCCCCCUCGGCCGCUUUCUCGCAUGAAUCUCCUCGACCCUUUCAUGAAAAUGACAGAAGAACAGGACAAAUGUAUCUCCGACGCCCCCAGCCCCACCAUGUCGGAUGACUCCGCCGGCUCCCCCUGCCCCUCUGGAUCCGGCUCGGACACGGAGAACACCAGACCCCAAGAGAACACCUUCCCCAAGGGCGACCCGGACCUGAAGAAGGAGAACGACGAGGACAAGUUCCCGGUGUGCAUCCGGGAGGCGGUGAGCCAGGUGCUGAAGGGCUACGACUGGACCCUGGUGCCGAUGCCGGUGCGGGUGAACGGCUCCAGCAAGAACAAGCCGCACGUCAAGAGACCCAUGAACGCCUUCAUGGUGUGGGCGCAGGCGGCCCGCAGGAAGCUGGCGGAUCAAUACCCGCAUCUGCACAACGCCGAGCUCAGCAAGACCCUGGGCAAGCUCUGGAGGCUGCUGAACGAGAGCGAGAAGCGCCCGUUCGUGGAGGAGGCCGAGCGGCUGCGGGUGCAGCACAAGAAGGACCACCCCGACUACAAGUACCAGCCCCGGCGGAGGAAGUCGGUGAAGAACGGGCAGGCGGAGCAGGAGGAGGGCGCGGAGCAGACCCACAUCUCCCCCAACGCCAUCUUCAAGGCGCUGCAGGCGGACUCGCCGCAGUCCUCCUCCAGCAUCAGCGAGGUGCACUCGCCCGGGGAGCACUCGGGCCAGUCCCAGGGUCCCCCCACGCCGCCCACCACGCCCAAGACGGACCCCCAGCCGGGCAAGCAGGACCUGAAGCGCGAGGGCCGCGCGCUGGGCGAGGGCGGCCGGCAGCCGCCACACAUCGACUUCCGCGACGUGGACAUCGGCGAGCUCAGCAGCGACGUCAUCUCCAACAUCGAGACCUUCGACGUCAACGAGUUCGACCAGUACCUGCCACCCAACGGGCACCCGGGCCAGGUCACCUACACGGGCACCUACGGCAUCAGCGGCGCCGCCGGCGUCUGGAUGUCCAAGCAGCAGCAGCAGCAGCAGCCACAGCAGCAGCCGGUGCUGAGCGCCGAGCAGGGCCCGCAGCAGCAGCAGCAGCAGCAAAGGACGCACAUCAAGACGGAGCAGCUGAGCCCCAGCCACUACAGCGAGCAGCAGCAGCACUCCCCGCAGCAGCAGCAGCAGCAGCAGCAGCAGCUGAGCUACAGCUCUUUCAACCUGCAGCACUACAGCUCGUCCUACCCCAGCAUCAGCCGCGCGCAGUACGAGUACGGCGAGCACCAGGGCUCCUCGGGCUCCUACUACAGCCACGCCGGGCAGGGCAGCGGGCUCUACUCCACCUUCAGCUACAUGAGCCCCACGCAGCGCCCCAUGUACACCCCCAUCGCCGACACGGCGGGCGUGCCCUCCAUCCCCCAGACGCACAGCCCACAGCACUGGGAGCAGCCCGUCUACACGCAGCUCACCCGGCCCUAAGGGAGGGGAGGGCGCCGCCAAAAAAGGCGAAAGAGCGACGGGAAAGUGUUGAAAGAAGUCAGAAAUGCGCGAGAAAAGCGGCGAGGACGAGUCGCCUCAGACUGAAAUUGAAAUGAUCAUUCAAAAAGACGCUCACGUGGAAGC